UCAUGAUUCUCAGAUCUGUUAUUGACUCCUCAUCUUACAUGCGAGUGCGCAGGAAGCUGUGGCGCAGACAAACGAAAAGAGUCACUCUCCCUGAGACAUGUCUUCGUCCGUGUCGACCACGGUGGACGGCGUGGUGGUGGUCACCCAUGUGCACCCAGCACCUCAGGGUGCACGACCCCGACACGGUGCGACCCUCCAGAGGUUCAGCAGGAGCUGGCCCCUGGUGCUCGGGACUGUUCAGAUUAUGAUCGGCCUGAUCAUUCUGCUCAUUGGGAUCGCGAUGACAGUUUAUGCGGAUUCACUUGGAGUUUUCUCCGGCAUUUUCGUCUGGGGAGCUGCGCUUUACAUCAUCGCUGGAUCUCUGACUGUGGCUGCUGGGAAAUAUCUGACCCGCUGUCUGGUGAACGCUGCUCUGGGUCUCUGUGUGAUAGCAGCAGUUGCUUCCGCCACUGGGACCAUCCUCUACUCUCUUGAUGCCGCAGGGGUGAUGUUCUACUGCUACAACCAUGGUUCCAGGGAAUAUAACUGCUACAGAUAUGAGGCUCGGAUGCAGGGCGUUUCGGGGGUCUUGGCAGUUUUCAAUUUACUGGAGCUCAUUGUCUCAAUCACCAUCGCAGGAUAUGCCUGCAACGCUGUUUGCAACUGCACCCAAGAGCCGCUGUCAGUUGUUUAUGUACCUGCAGCUUCGGUAGUAGCACAAGCUGCACCUAGCGCCCAGGCGGGAUUUGUCCCUGCGACUCAGUUCUCCUCACCGAUGGUGAACAACUCUAAAGGCUCAGAACAACCGGGAGCUCCCGGUCUGAUGGAUCCUCCAACCUACAACUCUGUCGUCAGCUGAAGAAACCGACCGUCUUGCUCCGAAAUAACCUGACAACAUUAUGACCGACCAUCUCACCAAAUGCCUUUUCGUGCACAUCUUUAAACCGUGUAUUACAAAUGUUUUCAAUGUUUUUUAUGUUGCUUGCUUUUUGAAAAUGUUUAGUCUAGUUGCAAGGUUGGUUGCCCUUUGUCCUAAGUUUACUGAGACAGAGACAGAGUGAUUCUAUGGAGACAUCAAUCAUUUCUGUGAGAUGAUGGCUAGCAGUUUAAAAAUUUCAAUAUAUCAUUAUUAUUAUUAGUUUCAGCACGCCUCCCCGACGGCAAGAGUGCUCGGGCCCGAUCAUCACUGCUCGCAGCUUUAAUUAUUAUUAUUCUCAGAAUUAAAUACAUCACUCUGACCGGGCUAGGGAGGGUUUUUGGGGACACCAUGCACUGACCACUUGUUGAUUCUUCAAAUAAAUACUUCUGCUUAAGACAUCAA